UCACUCAAGGUUCAUGACACAGCUUGACGAUAUCAUCGAGGACCUGGAUGCUCCAGUUGAUGAACGUGACAUAAUAGAGCAUGAAAGGUUGUACAACGAAGAACUGCAAAGUAAACCAGUAGUUUCGAGCCAGACACAGUUUGGAUAUGCUUAUGUUUUGGUAAAAUCACCGUACGACAAUGAUAUUCGUAAAGGGAUACGAUUGUUAGAGGAACUGUGCCAAAGUGGAGUUGAUCAAAGAGACUUUGUAUAUUAUCUUGCAGUUGGGCAUUACAGGCUGCACAAUUACACUCCUGCCAUGAAGUUUUGUCAGAGAGUGUUAGAAAUGGAACCCGGAAACCAGCAGGCUACUCAGCUUCUGGAGAUUAUCAAAAAGAAGAGAAAGAAGGACGCUAUGAUUGGGGCUGCAGUUCUAGGUGGGGGAGCAGUGGCUCUGACAGGAGGACUGUUGGUUGCAGGGGCUGUGUUAGCUGCGGGGAUAGCUGCAGUCAAACGCAGAUGAGCUGUUGCAUUCUUUGUCAGCAUUCCGGGAACUUUACAAGUUAUAAUUUGGACUGUUGUUUAUCUGAAACUGUGCUAGUGCUUUAUUAAGAAAAACUUGAUUUAUGAACUUUUUAUUACAGUUUGAGUAAUGAGUAUUCUGUUUAAAUUUUGCUUUGAAGAAAAUUUGAUACAAUUUCAUUGCUAUUUAAUCUUGGUGAAUUUAAGUUCAGAUAGAUAAAUAUACAGUACGGUUAGUUUUAGUGCAAAAUAAUUGUUAAUUUUACCGCGAUUUCACAAACCAUCUAAAAAGUUUGUUCAUAAAAAAGCAUGCCUACCUCAUUUGUGCUUGUUUCUUAUUUGUUAACUUCCAACUACAAUACAAACUAUAAUUUUUCACCUAUAACUAAUGUUAAUGAUUUUGAUUCUCAUACUUCA